CCUCCAGCUCCUCUCCCGCGCGCGCCCGUCGCCUCCUCUCCCGCGCGCCCGUCGCCUCCCGUCCCGACUCCGGCCGUGCACCGCCGGUUCUUGCACUCGUGUGCGGCCGGGGCCGCCACCGUUCCGUGCGCCGCCGGGGCCGUCGCCCGUUUCGGCCGCCUUCCGGGCCUCCGCGGCUGGACGGCGCGCGCCACCGGGGCCGCCGCGGCUGGCACGCCGCGCGUGGCCGGUCCCUCCGCAGCUGGGAAACCGCUGGCCUCCGGGGCUGGACACCGCGUGCCGCUCGGGGCGCCGCGGCUGUGCGCCGUAGCUUGGGAAGAAAGCCAGCAAAGUUGAGGGACUUCUAUGCAUGACGCAGCCAUAACAACCCAUCCCCAUGGCAGCGCCCUCAUCCUCAACUGCCACGCUCACGCCGGUGCUGAUCCACCUCCUGCGCGGCGCCUCCGACCUCGCGUCCGUCGCCGCCACCCACGCCAAGCUCUUCAAGGCCGGAUUCUCGUCCACGCUCGCCUCCUCCAACCACCUCCUCGCUGCUUACUGCCGCUGCGGCGCGAUGAGCCGCGCCCGCGACCUGUUCGACGGAAUGCGGGACCGGGAUGUCGUCUCCUGGACGACGCUCAUGUCGGGGUACGCCGCCUCCGGCAGGCCCCGGGAGGCCAUCUCCCUCCUCCGUGACAUGCAGUUUAGCGGCGUGCAGCCUAACGUGGUCACCCUAUCGACGGCCACCAGCGUGUGCGCGCGCCUCGCGGAUGAAGGGCUAGGCAGGCAGGUGCACGCCCGCGCAGAGGUCGCCGGGUGCGCGCGCGACGCCGUCGUCGCCACCGCACUCGUCGACAUGUAUGGCAAGGCCGGCCGCGUUGAGGACUCGCGCGCGGUGUUCGAUGGCAUGGCGGCGCCGGCGAGGAACGCCGUGUCGUGGGGCGCGAUGCUGGCUGUGUACGCGCAGAAUGCGCUCGGGAACGAGGCGAUCCAGCUCUUCGCCGAGCUCAGGAUAAAUGGCAGUGGUCUGGCGCCCAACCACUUCAUGCUGUCCAGCGUCGUGAGCGCGUGCGCCAGUGUGGUACGUCUCAGCAUUGGCAAGUGCGUCCAUGGUGCAGUUCUCCGGCUUGGGCAUGGAAACAACGAAGUGAUUGCGGUGGCUCUGGUUGACAUGUACUCCAAGUGUGGGUGCUAUGAAUACUCAAGGAAGGUGUUCGACAGGAUUGAGCAGCCAUCCCUCAUCCCGUACACCUCCAUCAUCGUCGCAGUAGCAAAGUACGGCCUUGGGAGGUGUGCACUUGCUUUGUUGGGUGAGAUGGUCGAUCGAGGUGUGCAGCCAAAUGAUGUCACUCUGCUUGGCGUCAUGCAUGCUUGCAGCCACUCUGGUCUCGUUGACACUGGCCUCCAGCUCCUCCACUCCAUGCAGAGCAAAUACGGCAUUGCUCCGUGCCCCAGCCACUACACAUGUGCGGUUGACAUGCUCGGUAGGGCAGGGCGGUUCGAGGAGGCAUUCGAGCUGGCCAAGGAGGCUCAAGUUGCAGGCAAUGAAGCCCUCCUUCUGUGGAACUCCUUGCUUUCAGCUUGCCGGACACAUAAGCGCUUGGACCUAGCAACCUUGGCUGGCCAGAGGGUGUCAGAGUUCAACCAAGAUGUAGCAGGUGGACUGGUAGUGAUGUCAAAUGCAUACGCUUCAGCUGGUCAGACUGACAACGCUGCUGCUGUCCGGUCAAGCAUGAGGCGACGCGGCAUACGGAAGGAUCCCGGGUGCAGCUGGAUUGAAGUAAAGGAUAUCCCCUAUGUGUUCUAUGCUGGCGCAAUAUCAUGUGCUGGUGCAAGGGCAGAUGAAGUGCUGAUGUUGCUAGAUGAGUUGGAGUGUAAGAUGAGGGAGAAGGGUUACAAAGGGAGAUUAGGGAGUGCUAGAGUAUCUGAUGCCCAUGAAGAUGAUGGGGAUGAAGGGAAAGGUGUAAUGGUUGGAGUGCAUAGCGAGAUUUUGGCUUUAGGAUUUGGUUUGCUGGUUGUCCCAAAGGGGAUGCCCAUCAGAGUGAUGAAGAACCUGAGGAUGUGCUGUGACUGCCAUGAGGCGUUCAAGCUCAUCAGUGGCAUUGUUGAGAGGGAGUUUGUGGUCAGGGAUCUGAAUAGGUUCCACCAUUUCGAGAUGGGUUCAUGUUCUUGCAACGACUACUGGUGAUUGAAGUUUGCAAUUGAAAUGGUUCCGAUCUUUCUGGUA